CUGACUGUAGGAAGUUAAAAUGGGAUUCAUCUCUUCAAAGUCAAUGAAUGAAAAUAUAAAGAAUCAGCAGGAAUUCAUGGUCAUGAACUCUAGACUCCAGCUGGAAAGGCAACUCCUGAUGCAAAAUCAGAUGCAAGAGAGGCAGGUGGCUAUGCAAAUUGCUUGGUCAAGAGAAAUCCUCAAGUAUUUGGGGGCAUUUUUUGGACUUGCAGCUGUGGGUCUUACAACUGGGGUUAUUAAAAAAAAAAAGAAUCCUGGACUUUUCCUUCCAAUGGUUCCUUUAAGCUUUAUACUUGCCUACCAAUAUGAUAUGGAUUAUGGAUCACUUCUACAAAGAAUGAAAGGUGAAGCAGAGAACAUACUUGACACAGUCUGCACUAUGCUAAAAAUGCCAAAAGGACCCCUCACUUUUUAAGGCCUUGAAAAAGCCAAAAGAGCACAGAACAAGUUUUUUUUAAUUGAAAGAUAAUUUGCUCACACAGCAGUGCUACAGAGAAUAAAGACACAUAUUUGUAAUCAUGUUGCUGACUUAAAUG